AUGUCAGCCCUCUACCUUAUCCUCCGUCAUCAUCGUCUUGUCACCAGCCAUCAUUCCCGUCGUCUACUGACCAUCUUCUUGCAGAUCCGCCAUGGUGCAGAGCAACUCCUUCGCCUGACGGAGAAUUUUUCCGGUUACAAUGGCCCUGGCCCGGAAGGCGGCUACGAUACCACAAAUGACCAAGCUCUGCCCACCGACAGCGACAUCCGCGCCAUGACGAGGCUUUCACAUGGCAUCGCCCGCGAUAUCAGUGAGAUCAUGGCCCUCAGAAAAGAUGAUCCGGGGCCGCCCAAGCGGAAGGGCACCGAGGACUACGGCGGCAUGCCUCCACCGCUCGCCGCCCACGAUUACGCAAGCACCGCCGGUCGCACCAAGAAUCGCCGCAAGGUCGACUUCUCCUGUCACAAGUGUCGCCGUGUCGAAACCCCCGAAUGGCGCACCGGCCCCGACGGCCCCAGUACCCUUUGCAACGUCUGCGGCCUGAUAUACGCCAAGAGGGAACGCAAGAAAGAAGAGUCUACCAUGCCGACCUUUGGCUCUCCCAACUUCUCUUGA